AUGUCCGAGUCCAAAGCUCAAGUCACGGAAACGUCCAUGUUGCCACCGGCUCAGCGUGGCGGCCGUGUCAAGACUCACUUCAAGAGGUGGUGGUGGGUGCACUUGAUCAUCUUCAUUGCCGUGUUCCUCAUCAUCUUGCUGCCGGUAGUCUAUGUGGCCUACCCCAAGAUUGCCCAGCACGAUGUCAACGACUCCACCCUGAACAUCACCAGCAUGACCAUCAGCAAUCCUACGCCCGAAUCCUUCAGCCUCAAACAGACGCAAGUCAUUGGCUCGCACAGCUCUUUCCACCCAAAGAUCUACGCGUUCGAAGCCGUCGUCUCGCUCCUUGGGGCUGCAUUGCCCUUCGCGACUGUCGAUGUGCCAAGCGUCAAGUCCAAGGAUGGAGCAGAGCUCGUCGUCGAGCAGAUCGUGGAUCUGAGCAACGCCAGUGCAUUUGGAGAUUUCGCGACGGCGGUUAUGCUCAAUGAGGAAAUCUCGUUGAAUAUCUACGGAAAGCCGGGAUUGAAGGAAGGCGGACUGCCGAAGACUACUGUUACCUAUAACCAGACGGCCACUAUGAAAGGCCUGAACAAGCUAGAUGGCUUCAACGUGACUGAAUUCCACAUCACAAAACUCGGCAGCGGCCAGAACAUGAACGGCACAGUCUUCAUCCCCAAUCCCUCCGUCAUGACAAUCUCAAUGGGCAACGUAACCCUCGACCUCUCCGUCGCAGGCACAUUGAUGGGCCAAUCCUACCUAAACGACCUAACCCUCCGACCAGGCAACAACACCUUCCCAAUGACCUCAGCAAUCAACCAAACCUCUAUCCUGAGCCUUAUAAGCUCGAAAGAUAACCCCUACAAAGAUGGUCUCGUGCCAUUCGUCAUCACGGGCAACUCGAGCGUCUACAAUGGAAAGGAACUUCCCUAUUUCACCGAGGCACUGGCUGCGAACAAUUUGACGGUCCACUUGAAUAUUACGAAGGCGCUGAAUGAGUUUGAGACUUCUUUGUAA